AUGUGGACGAGUGUCAGUGUUGGGUGGGCAGUGUGUUGAGAGCUGACAGUAUUUCCCACACUACCAGGCGGAACCUUUUUACCUGCCCCUUGUUUCCGGGAGGACGUUUAAGCAGAGAGUCCGGUCCGUCACAGGAAGCAGUCCCCCGGUGUCCUUGGGAAGCUUGCUGCACCACCAUGGGUUGGCUGCCAGACGAGGCUCGGAGUUUGCCUCCCCCGAACCUGGUGAACAGGAACUCACUGUGGUGCGGCUUCUUGGGUUACCUGACCGCCAUUACCCACAAUGCCAUCCGCCGCUUCCCUGCGGUAAGGACAGGUGAGACCAAUGUCACCUUUAUUAUACCACCAGGACUGGAGCACCCUGCACUCCCCCCCCCCAUUACUGGGAGCCCCCUGCACUGCACCCCAUUACUGGGGAGCCCCCUGCACUGCACCCAUUAAUGGGGAGCCCCCCUGCACUGCCACCAUUAAUGGUAAGCCCCUGCACUGCCUCUACACUCCCCCCAAUUAAUGGGUGCCCUGCACUGCCUCCAUUAAUGGGAACACCCUGCACUGCCUCUACACUCCCCCCAAUUAAUGGGUGCCCCCCUGCACUGCACCCCAUUACUGGGAACACCCUGCGCUGCCCCCCAUUAAUGGGAACACACUGCAUUUUGGUGCAUCCCUAGUAUAUAAUGUUGGAAAUAAGACAAACUAUAAUAUAAGCAUAUAGUAUACAAUAUCUUGCAUAGAGGUUUAGAUUUAGUUGUUUGCUACCUCUGUGCCAGCCAACAUGUUUGGGUGUAAAGGGAUAUAUGCUGUGUAUUUAGUAAGGUCCCAUCCGUUUAUGCACAUGUUGGUGGUUGGAUUUCUGGUGCUCUCUGCAAUCCCCAUGAAAGUCCAUUUGCAUCACGAGUCCUGGUAUCUCAGAGGAAUAUGCUAUGUAGUAGGUAGCAUUUCCUGUGGUAACUGUUAGCUUAUGAACAUAUCUGACUCAAUAAAUAAAUAUAAAAAAGUGACUAUCCCUCACAGCUCACAUCAGGUCCACCUGUGCUGACCAGGCCAGGGAUCAUACCUUCCACUGACACACCUCAUGAAGACUAUAUUGCAUACAGUAUUUGGAAAUAGAUUUUUUUAUUUUAUUUUUUUUGUGAAAGAUAAUUUUAUAGCUGCAACUUGAAAUAUAACCUGAAACAAUAUACCAUUUCAUUUAGUUCCAGAUUCUGUGUAAAAAAUUGUUUUCCUUUUUCCAAUCUGAUAGCAAGGGCUCAUCAUUGUCAUUCUCAGGUGUGCACCGUCAGUUGCUUGUUACCAGUAUUGGAGUUUACAUUGGCUACUUUCUCACUAAAAACGAGAAUUACCAGAAUGCAAAGCGAGAUCGUGACCUGUAUGAAUACAUGAGACAACACCCAGAAGAUUUCAAGAAGCCAGGUAUACUCUGAGUUGCUGAGGUCUACCACAUAAAUGGGCAACAAGACAACUUUUACUGUUUCUCUGAUACAGAACUGUUUUAUUUCUGCAUUUAUGUGUUGGAAGAAACUAUAAUAACCUAAACCUUUUGGUGAUGUCCACAUUUAACCAUACUCCAGUAUGGACAAAUAUCUUCGUUCCUGUUUAAAAGUUCAGGAUACUAGUCCUGGAAUCGGGGAUUGAAGUAGAAUAUGUUUACCUUGCAGAGAUAGGGGGCGGGGGGUGUCCUGAAGAUGAUGGAACCCAUGAAUGCUUGGUCUUGUGGGGUCAGUUGCUGGACAUGGAUAUUAGAGUAGCCAGUGUGGUAUGUCUUCAACCAGUAAAUGUUUUAAGUAAAUCUGCACAGCUACAUGUAGUGUGAGUAACACACAGGUAGAUAACACCACACAUAUGUAUAUUGCACACACUCUGUGAGAGGUAUGUAGAGAGAGCUUUUACUAAACUUUUGAAAUUUCACACUUUAAAUCUGAAUGGAGAAAUGGAGGUCAAAGAUUGUGAUCAUAAGUGAGCUGGAGAUUUAUUAAAUUGUUUUCCAAAUCUGUUUGUUUUUGUUUUUUCUUGUUUUUUGUUUUUUUUUUCCAUUCAAUUUUUAAUUACUGAAAAUUCAGAGCUUGUUUAAUAACCAUGUUACUGAUGCCCUAGUCUAAAAUGAUUGUGUGUCAGGACAAAUAAAUUUAAGCUCCAGCUUUAGUCCAUGGGACAAGGAGAUGUUUGUUUUUUGUUUUUUUUCUUGUGAAUGACAAAGUAUUUGCCUCCUGGUUGUCUAUGCAGACAAUUAUCAAUUUAAACAAGUGUGAGUCCUUUCAGACCCCUUUAACACUGGAGGGAUCCAGUGAUAUGGAGGAAUUAGAGUAGUGUACCUUCCUUGUAUACUGUGCAAUAUGUGAAUUAAUUAAUAUGGCGGUUCAGACAACCUUCUGUACAUAAUGGCUAACGCAACAAGGUUAUACUGCAGGAACAUUCCCCCAAUUUGGGUUACAAAAUAUAUAUAUAUAUAUAUAUAUAUAUAUAUAUAUAUUUUAAAAAUGUGUAUGUGUAUGUGUGUGUGUGUGUGUGUGUAUAUAUGUAUGUAUAUGUAUAUGUGUAUAUAUAUAAUUAAUUAUUUUUUUAAAUCUUGGCACUUUUUAAGAGUUGAAACCAUGUCUGAAUUGACCAGAGCUUAAUAAUCUUAUUCUUGCGCCUCUUUUUUUCCAUCUCCACUUAUAACCUUGGAUUUUAUUUUUAUUUCAGAACCUAAAACUAUGGCUGAACUCCUGGAACCUUGGGUUCCCAUACGUUAG